AUGUCGACGCUAGAAGGGUCCUCAACACAUGGCGACCCGCACGAGACUUCUGCAAUUGCAGACAACGAUGCGCCUGGUCGCGCGCCCCGGGCACCCCCGCAGCCGGCCUCGGUGAAGAUCAAUGUCGAGGGCGCUUUUAUCGUGGAGGACGAGAUGAGCCCGAGAAUCGGGACAGGAAGCGAAUACGUUCAUUGGGAAGAUAAAGACAUCCGGUUGCCCUACCAUGAUGACGUGGUCAGUCAUGUCGCUGUGGAUAUUGGCGGCUCCCUCGCGAAACUUGUUUACUUCUCCCGCGAACCCGGAGAGACUCAUGGUGGUGGCCGACUGAACUUUGUGAACUUCGAAACCGAUCGGAUUGAUCUAUGCAUCGAUUUUAUUCAAGAGCUUAAACAGACACAAUCCAAACUCAAUGGCUCAACGCCCCAGCAGCUGUGCGUUAUGGCCACCGGAGGAGGAGCCUACAAGUUCUAUGACCGCAUGAAGGAGGUUCUUCAUGUGGACGUGGUGCAGGAGGACGAGAUGGAGUGUCUUAUCAUCGGCCUUGACUUCUUCAUUACCGAGAUCCCGCAGGAAGUGUUUACCUAUAGCGAAGAGGAGCCGAUGCAGUUCGCCGAAGCUCGCCCUGAUGUGUAUCCGUAUCUUCUGGUCAACAUUGGUUCGGGUGUUUCCAUGGUGAAAGUGUCGGGUCCAAGAGAAUUUCAGCGCGUUGGCGGUACAUCCCUGGGCGGUGGUACUUUCUGGGGUAUCCUGUCUCUUCUCACUGGUGCGCGCACGUUCGACGAAAUGCUCAAACUGGCUGAAAAGGGCGACAACGCUGGUGUUGACAUGCUUGUGGGCGAUAUCUAUGGCACUGAUUACGGCAAGAUCGGGCUAAAGAGCACGACCAUUGCCAGCACUUUCGGAAAAGUCUUCCGCAUGAAGAGAAUGGCUGAGAGGAAUGCGGAAGACGGCGAAGGCUUGUUCAAUGGUGACCAUGGUGAUAGUGAUCAUCGAUUGGGCGGCUUCAAGAUCGAAGACAUGGCGCGAAGUCUACUGUAUGCCAUCUCCAACAAUAUCGGCCAGAUUGCAUAUUUACAAUCCGAGAAACACAAUCUUCAACAUAUCUACUUUGGUGGCUCCUUUAUUCGCGGACACGCACAGACAAUGAACACCCUUUCCUACGCGAUCAAAUUUUGGUCUCAGGGUCAGAAACAGGCCUACUUUUUGCGACAUGAAGGCUAUCUUGGCGCCGUCGGUGCGUUCCUCAAACGACAACCAAAGAAUUGGGGAAGACGAAAUAGUUUCGAUGACCAUAAACUCGGCAAGGUAUUGUCGAGAGAAUAG